AUGACUUUAUUCAACACGUACCACCAAACCGUCUUCGCCAUGUCUUCGCACCAGUAUACCUUCCCAGGCAUGCAUGAUGUCCCCGAGACCUACCCAUACCACAUGGGCCAAGCAGAUAGCGAGGAAGACAUGGACAGCUUCUACCUGGCCAGUCCCCCAGCGUCCUCAUACACACGCCUCGACUUCGAGCCGACCAUACCAGCCAUGCCAACAAGCCAAGCCUACAACACCACCAUGCUCGCACCCAUGAGCGGAUCCUACCUCCCCUACGGCGAGCAAUGGACCUCCCAAGUCCCCCCAACAGCAGCAGCACCUACAACAACCUACCACCCCACCGACAUCUACCCAUCCUCAACAAUGACAUACACCGCGCAAAGAACAACCCCCACUACCCUCAACCCCAACCCGCAAACCUACCUCUACCCGGACCCUUCAACAAACCCCAACCUCGACCUCGACACCAAAGACCUAACCAACUACGGCAUCCCCAACCCCGAUGGCUCCUGGCGAUGCGCCUAUCCAGGCUGUACCUCGGCCGCGACGUUCCACCGCGGCUGCGACCUCCGGAAACACUUCAAUCGGCACCGGAAGCACCUGUUCUGUCGGCACGAGGGCUGUCCGCAGGCUGUUGCGGGCGGGUUCUCGAGCAAGAAGGACCGCGCCCGGCACGAGGCGAAGCAUAACCCCGGGGUUGUGUGUGAGUGGCCGGACUGCGGGAGGGUGUUUAGCCGGGUAGACAACAUGAAGGACCAUGUGCGGCGGAUUCAUAAGAGGGGGGAGGUUGACUCUUGA